CAACUUCAAAUUCAAUUCUCUUCAAGUUCAAGAUGGCGGCAUUAGGGUUUGCUUCAUUUGCUGGAUCCUAAGCCCUAUUAAAUUUGUAGGGGACUUCUUUUGUGCAGGUCGUCAGGAAGCUGCAGAGCUGCAUCUUUUCCAAGUUUCCUUUGCAGUCUUUUGAUCUGGCGCCUUCGUGGUUCAAAGCGACAGCACUAUGUAAUGGACAUUUAUGCGGAAAGCUGCUGAGGACACUUUGAAGCAUUGUUGAAGGCUCCCAGUACAUCCAGAUUGAAGCUUGGUUUUGGAAAAAGAGCAUUUUGUAAAAUUCGAAAAGCGGCUUGCCAGCGAAACCCGAGUCACAUGGGAGCAGAAAGAGCUUCAGAGAAUCUGGACCUGAGAUACCAUCUGUCCAGUAUACAAUGUUUCAUGCGCGAGCAAAAUAAGCAAAUCACAUUCCUUGUCAAGGCGGGAAGUAGAUAUGGGGGCAUGCUUCAGUAAAGGUUCGAGGAAUGUUUCUGAAAAGAGGUCAGAGCUACACAAAGAGCCGGACGGGCCUGGUAGCCUUGCGGCACGAAUUGCAAACGGUGAAUUUGAGAAGAUGAGUCAGGCAACAUUGAGCCUGGCAAACGGCAGAGUGGGGAUGGAGCUGAACGCACAAGUGUCAGACGCGCAGAUGCCGCUUAUCCUGGAGCUCUUCACUUCUCAGGGUUGUUCUUCGUGCCCCCCCGCCGACGACCUCCUGAAGCAUGUCGCAAAGCAGGGGGCCAUCAGCGGGAUUCCAGUGAUCCCCCUGGUGUACCAUGUGGACUACUGGGACCACCUCGGUUGGACGGACCCCUUUGGACGGAAGGAGUGGACGCAACGGCAGAGGACGUACGCAGAGAAACUAGGGGAGGGAAAGAAGGUGUACACACCGCAGCUGGUGAUCCAGGGAUCUGUCGGCGAAGUGGGCUCCAAGAAAGAUGCCAUCGUCCGAAAUGUGUCACAAGCGGCCCGGUACCCCCCUUUCACGGCCAAGAUCGAGGUAGAGCUUGACCUACACAGCCUGGAGCUCGAGGUCGACCUGACGAUGCAACCGCUGCCUGCGGCCUACGCUUCGCUGACGUCAUCCGCUGACGUCAUGGUAGCCCUGUACGAGGACGGGCUGCGGACGGACGUGCGGUCGGGGGAGAACUCCGGGCGGUCCCUGGAGAGCGUGCACGUGGUGCGGUCUCUGGAACGAGCCUUCUCGGUACCAACCGGCGAAUCGAACCGGGAGGAAAAGAGAGGGAAAGUGCGGAUGAAGCUGGCCGGGGGGAAGUGGAACCGGUGUGGGCUGGUGGUCUUUCUGCAAGAUGGAGACACGUGGCGCGUUUUUGGAGGCACGCAGAUACAGCUGUCGGACGACCUGUGAGGUAGCUUUGCAAGGUGACAUAUGCUUGCAAAUUUUUAAAAGAACUAUGAACUUCUGCUUGCGAAAGUCAAAGAAGUACUGGUCAAUGUGUCGGUUCUUACAUUAAAGCGAAGUCCCGCUUCUGGUGAACCAGACAGAAGCACAAAGUGCUGGAUUGCAGACAAACAAACGUGUGUACAGAUUGCAAAUUAUAGGUAAAAAUCCUUCCCGCCGCAAAACGUGCGAGGGUUCGAAAUCUGAAAGCUAUGCGAUGUUUUCACGUGGUCAACGUUGAGUUUGGCGAACGACUCU